UACCACGUGCUUAUACGUCAUCAUUUCGCGCCGGUUGAAGGUUCAGCGGCAUGUAAACACAGAUGAGCGGCUCGGACAAACCAGCGCUAGACCUUGUUAAGGUCCAUGGAGGCGGAGGGUAUGACUCUGAUUUCAGUGAUGAUGAUGGUGGCGGAGGGCAGUCCAAAUAUGAUGAGAAAAGGGCAGGUCAAGAUGAGCUGUUACAGAAGCCAUUCCAGAAAGGUCGACACACCAAGGUGCCCCAUAAAAAUGUUGCUGCCCAUGAAUGGGACAGAGAGGAAGCCAGAAACAGACGGCAACACCUGAUAUCAAUGAACGCUUUUGAACGUCACAAGAAGUUUGUCAGCGACUACAUUCUGUAUUAUGGAGGGAAGAUGGAGGACCUCAGACGAUCCACGUCUAGAGAUAAGACAGAUCUGGAUGUGGUGAAAGAGAAUCACCGUUUCCUGUGGAGAGAAGAGGAUGAGGAGAAUAUGACAUGGGAGCAAGAGCUCGCAAAGAAGUACUACGAUAAGCUGUUCAAGGAGUACUGUAUCGCAGACCUUAGCAGAUACAAGGAAAAUAAGUUUGGAUUUCGGUGGCGCAUUGAAAAUGAAGUAGUAUCUGGAAAAGGCCAGUUCUUUUGCGGCAACAAGCGCUGUGAGAGUAAGGAGGGUCUGAAGAGCUGGGAGGUGAAUUUUGCCUAUGUGGAGCAAGAGGAGAAGAGGAACGCCCUGGUGAAACUGCGUCUGUGUCCAGAGUGUUCAUUCAAACUCAACUAUCAUCACAAGAGAAAAGAAGUAACAGGGAAGAAGAGACGGCGAUCGAAAGAGAACGUGAACAAGCCACUCUCAAAGAAAUCCAAAUCGCCCCACUCCAGAAAGAACAAGCGCAAAGACAAGCGCAAACACAAAAAGAGGCGCAAAGAAUACUCAUCUUCAAGUUCAGAGGAGUCUCAGGAGUCAGAUAAAGAAAGUGAGGAUGAAGAAGAAGAGGGUCCUUCAGAAUCAGAGCACUGGAGAGGUCCAGCUCCCACUGUGGAGGAGAAAUCACGGGAGGAAGAGUUUGAUGAGUAUUUUGAAGACAUGUUUCUCUGAGAUUACGAAAGGAGGAUCCAAAAGAAUCUCAUUCCUAUGCUUUUCUUUAUAUACAGAUUCAUUUAGCUUUUUUUUUUAGAAGUAUGUGGUUUGAUUAAAAUUCACUGAUUGUUAUAAUUAAAUCUUUUUUUUUUUUUACAUAAUUUUCACUGGUCCUCAUUUAAGUUGAAAUUGUAUAUGAAGAAUUUUAUACAUGCGUUUGUAACACAUCAGGCCUUAUUUAAAAAACAUUACUAGAAUUAAUUUCAAUGUAAACUCUCUCUCUUUACAUAUAUAUAUAUAUAAAGAGUAUAUAAAUAUCAAGUGUUUAUAUUAUCUGACCCGUUAAAUGUUGACACAAUGGCUGACUGUGACUGAUGUGCUGUUUUCUCGGUCGGUUCACCAACGCAUAAGCAUCAACCACUGACUUUCUGAAAUAGACAGGAUUUCUAUUUUAUACCUCACAUCAAACUCUCUGCACAAGCUCACGUGGUCACGGGCUAGACUGUCAAACUGUCCCAGGCCUCAGCUUACCUGACGGUGGCUGCCAGCCAAUCAAUGUGAAGAAUCAGGCAGGUAGGGGCAGAAAACCUUUUGUUCAAUGAGAUCCGUGUCUAUUAUUCUUCCAUAUAGACAGAUGCCCUUGCGAUUGGGCUUUUGUUGCAUUUCUGGAUUUCCUCAAAACCUAAAAUGAUAAUUGAGGUGUAAUUGUAAAAGUUAUAUUUAUAAUAAGAUCCUCUGAAAGAGAAAAGUCGUUUGUCUCGGCUGUCAGCCAAUCACCUGAGCCUCUUUACCUGGGGAUGAUCCAGCUUUAUAAGAUAAUCCACUGCAUGAUAGAAAAGUCAUGAGAGCUUCCUGACAUGCCCUCUAAGCAACCUGACUGGACUGUGCGGUCACCUAACAGCAGAUGUGGUCAAAGACUACUCCAGAAAGCUCUGAAUAAUGGUUUUAUUUGUUCACAACAUCAUUUACAGUAUCUUAUAUGUGUGGUAGUAUUCAAUAAAUAAGAGAAUAUCAGUUCCAUGCUCACUCCAAAAGAUGCAGUAUAUUAUUAUACACAAGCCUAACAAAGUGUACAAACCUUAAACCUGAGAUGAGAUUUGCUCACUUUUGGCCUCUACCAUCUGAUCUGGAUUUAGAGGGUUUGACAUUUAAAUGCAGUUAGUAGUUCCGGUGUAGUUAAACUGCCAUGGCCCGUUAUUGGAUUAAAUGCCUUAAAGGGAUAGUUCACCUAAAAACGAACAUUUUAGCAUAAUUUACUCACCCUCAUGUUGUAACGUUUCUUUCUUCUGUUGAACACAAGAGAAGAUAUGUUAACGAAUGUUGGAAACCAAACAGUUGUCGAUAGCCAUCAACGUCCAUUGGGUUUUUUCAUGCAAUGGAAGUCAAUGGCUUCCAUCAACUGUGGUUACCAAUACUUUUCAACGGAAGAAAGAAACUCAUACAGGUGUGUAACAACAUGUUGAUGACAACAUUUUUAGGUGAACUAUCCCUUUAAGGUCUUUAAUCCAAUAACAGGGGCCAUGACAGUUUGACUACACUGGAACUACUAACUGCAUUUAAAUGUCAAACCCUCUAGAUUUUUCUAACAAGCAGAUGUUGCAUAAAAAUCGUAUGUGUUGGUACAUUUACUAAAUCUCAUCAGUGGUCAUUUUAUAUAGGCUAUAUACACUUAUUUGGUUGGUCAAAUCGGGGCCUAGUAUAUUUCCUAAAGCAGAAUGAGGUGUUUAGACAUCAGGCGAUAUCAGAGUGCAGCUACCUGAAAUAAACUGUUUGUUUAUAUGCUACUGCUGAUUCUCACAAGAUCAGAAAAAGGAGACUUUGACCUUACGGACUGGGUAAGUGCCUUCUGCCAGAGGAGAUAUCUAGAGGCUUCAGCAGUCUGCUUUAAAUAAGCAUGGUAUUUAAAGAUUAAAUCUGAGUGAAUCUCACGAGCUGCUCCCCCAUCAAACUCUCUUCAAAUCUCCUUAUAGGUUUACACAUGUUCAAGAACUGACCGUUCCCUCUUGCCUUGUCACAGCAUGACUUUUUUUUUUUUUUUUUUUUAAUAUUCCCUGACAUUUUGUACCUCCAUAGAAUACCCCUUAAAAGUAAUUUAAACGUUUGGUAUAAACAAAUACCUCUAUGUUAUCAAUUGAUAUUCUAUGUAAUACACUCAAUGUUAUACUUUCGAUAAUAGGUUGAAAACUAUGUGCAAUGCUUAGGUAUCAUUAAAUGAAUAAAGAACAAACAUCAAAGUUCUGGUCAUAAAUGUUUCUUCACAGCUGGAAUGUUCCUGAACACAUAAUCCAUUGACACUGAAUUAGACCAUUUCACCUUCUCAGCUUAAUCUUCCUUAAAGAACAAAAAAAAAAAA